AUGGAGGUCGUUGGCAGUAAGUUGAUGGCGGCGGCGGCGGCGGCGGUGCUGCUAGUGAUCAUGUUUGUUGGCAGCGCAACUCAAGCCUACGGCAGCUACGCGACGUGCAGUUACGGGCCAUGCAAGCUGCAGCAACUGGAAUGCCCCUAUGAAUGCCCUGAACUCUACCCUUCCGACCCUAAGUCCAAAGCUUGCUACCUCGACUGCUACUCUCCAGUCUGCAAGCCUUCUUGCAAAAAUCGCAAACCGAACUGUAACUCUCCGGGAGCAGCCUGCCUGGACCCGCGGUUCAUCGGCGGGGACGGGAUCGUCUUCUACUUCCACGGCAAGACCAACGAGAAUUUCGCCCUCGUCUCCGACCCCACCUUCCAGAUCAACGCCCGCUUCACGGGCCACAGGCCCGUGGGCCGGCCCAGGGACUUCACCUGGAUCCAGGCCCUGGGCUUCGUCCUGGGCUCCACCCCCACUACUACUUUCUCCCUCGAGGCCACCAAAUCCGCCACGUGGAGCGACGACGUCGACCACCUCAGGUUCACCUACAACGGCGCCGAACUCGCCGUCCCGGCCGGCCACCUGUCCACGUGGCAGUCACCCGACGACGUCAUCACGCUGCAGCGGACGUCCGACCGGAACAGCGUGGUGGUCACGAUCCCGGAGGUGGGCGAGGUGACGGUGAACGUGGUUCCGGUGACGGCGGAGGACGACCGGGUCCACGGGUACAAGGUCCCCGCCGACGACUGCUUCGCCCAUUUGGAGGUUCAGUUCAAGUUCUCCCGCGGGAUGUCGGAGAAGGUGGAGGGCGUGCUGGGGAAGACUUACCGGCCGGAUUUCAGGAACCCGGCGGCGAAGCCCGGGGUGGCGAUGCCGGUGGUCGGCGGGGAGGAUGUGUACCGGACGUCGUCGCUCCUGGCGGCGGAUUGUGGGGCAUGCUUGUUCGAUCCGGCGGCGGCCGGAAGUGGCGGUGAUUUGGUGAUGGUGGGGGAGAACGAGGUGAUUGAUUGCAGCGGGCGGUUUGGAAGUGGGAAUGGAAUUGUGUGCAGGAAAUGA